GGGAAUACUAUAUAACAUGAGUUUCAUCGUAGGCACAAAGAACGUACGUGCGGGUGCGGAACACAGACAAUGAGGGUGACGAGGGCUGAGCCGGUGCUCGUGCACGCUGCCGGUGACGUUCCCGCCGCCGACGAGUACUACUUCCUCUCCAACCUCGACCAGAAUGUGGCAGUGCUCAUGAAAACCGUGCACGUCUUCAGCCCGUCCAGCGCCCGCGACGACGCGGCCGCCGUGAUCAUGGACGCCCUGGGCAGGGUGCUCGUGCACUACUAUCCAUUCCAGGGGAGCCUGGUGGUCAGCGCCGACGACGGGAGGCUCUCGGUGCGGAACGACCGCCGUGGCGUGCCUUUCGUCGUUGCGGACGCCGACUGCGAGCUCAAGGAGAUCGGGGACGUCGUACUGUCAGCACCCGACGCCGCCGCGGUUCAGGGGCAGCUCGUGUUCGUCGGCCGUAGUAACUCCAAGGACAAGUGCGACGACGAGCUGGGGGCGCCUCUACUGAGCGUGCAGGUCACCAGGUUCAGGUGCGGCGGCUUCGUGCUCGGGCUCUCCAUGAACCAUUGCCUGGCGGACGGCGUCGCCGCGGCGGAGUUCCUCCGCUCCUGGGGCGAGAUGGCCCGCGGCGUGGCCCUCUCCUCCCCGCCCUUCCUCGACCGCACCGUGCUGCGCGCCAGGACGAGCCCCACGGUCGCCUUCCCGCACGAAGAAUUCGCGGAGAUGGAGGACGUGUCCGGCCUCGCCGGCCUCCGCGACGAACCGCGCGUGCACCGGGCCUUCGCCAUCGACCCCGGCAGGCUCGCGCGGCUGAAGCGGCAGGCGUGCGCGUGCUCCACCUUCGUGGCACUGACGGCGUUCGUCUGGCGCGCGACGUCGCGCGCCAUGAGGAUGUGCCCUGAGCAGAAGAGCAAGCUCAUGUUCGCCGUCGACGGCAGGCGGCGCGUCGACCCGCCGCUGCCUCGAGGUUUCUGCGGGAACGCCGUCGUCUUCGCCUGCUGCGUGUCCACCGCCGGCGAGCUCCUCUGCGGGCCGGUGUCCGCUGCAGCCCGGUGGAUACAGGACGCCAUCAGGCGCACGGACGACGCGUUCAUCCGUUCGGCCAUCGACUACGUGGAAGUGGCCGAUGGCCGGGCACCGUCGAUGACGGCGACGACGCUGGUGACGGCGUGGAACCGUCUUGGGUUCCACGCGGCCGAUUUCGGGUGGGGCGACGCCGCACGGUCUGGCCCUGCGGAGCUGCCGCGCGGGGAGGUGGUCAUGUUUAUGCCGGACGUGCGUGACGGCAGCAUCGUGGUGCUUCUUGGCCUGCCGCGGUCGUGCAUGCAAGAGUUCCAAGACAUGGUAGAUUUGAUCUAAAACUAGCCUACUUUGGCCAU